GGUUCUGAUUUGUUUUGCUUUCAUGGAGGUUCAGACUUGCUUUGCUUUUAUAAAGGUUCAGACUUGCUUUACUUUCAUGGAGGUUCAGACUUGCUUCACUUUCAUGGGGGUUCUGAUUUGCUUCGCUUUCAUAGGGGUUCUGAUUUGUUUCGCUUUCAUGAAGGUUCAGACUUGCUUUGCUUUUAUAGGGGUUCAAACUUGCUUUGCUUUUAUGGAGGUUCAGACUUGCUUCGCUUUCAUGAAGGUUCAGACUUGCUUCACUUUCAUGAGGGUUCUGAUUUGCUUUGCUUUCAUGAGG